GGCUCCUCAGCACAGACUCAGCAGCCUCACAAACAAACAGUUCAGAUGGAGGAAGAGCAGUCACAGGAGAAUGGACAGAUGUUACAGACAUGCAAGGAUGAGGAAGAGCAGAUGGAGGUGGCUGUGAGCUCACAACUACAACAUCUCAUCGUAACUCCAGACAGCACACACACGUCAUCAAACUCACACACACAACCAGAGGAACCGACAGACUCACAUAUAGACUCAACAACUGCGACUCCUCCUGUAGUCAUUGUGUGUAAGACAGAGGACUGUGAUGAUGGAGAUUCAGAAGAUUCAGAUAGUGACAGCUCCUCCUCAUCCUCCUCCUCAUCUUCCUCUUCCUCCUCCUCCUCUUCUUCGCCGUCUCCCCUGGUGUUAGAGGAAGACGAUGAUGAGGGUUUCAGCCAACCGGCCCCCAUCAAAACCAGAGACGAAGUCCUGCUCGAGGAGCUUCCAGCAGUGGAGGAGGUGAGUCUGACAUUACCAGAGGACGCAGAACUGCAGCCUGUUGGAACAGUCACCAGUAUUGUACAGCAGCUGGUUAUCAUCCAGUCUCUGAAAGACACGCCCGCUCUGACUGACGACAGCCUCAUCUUUCGAUCUGAUAGGCUGGCUAUAGGCAAGGUGUUUGAGGUGUUUGGUCCAGUGUCCAGUCCUCUCUACAUUCUACGUUUCAACUCUGCAGAGCAGAUCAGCAGCAAGGAGCUGACAGAGGGACAGACUGUCUAUUAUGCACCCACCAUCAAAGAGUACACAGGAUACAUCCUCACACAACAGCUUAAACUUUUUAAGGGAUCUGAUGCAUCCUGGAAAAAUGACCAAGAACCACCAGAAGAGGCUUUAGAUUACAGUGAUGACGAGAAAGAGCAGGAAGCCAAGAGGAAAGUGAAAAACUCCAAAAAGAAGAAGGACAACAACAAUACAGAUAAUUCUGCCCACAAUACCCAGAACACCUUGCAGCAUCAGCAGCAGCAUCAGCAGCAGCAUCAACAGCAUCAGCAGCAUCAUCAGCGUGACACCAGGAAUUUCCCACCAAGAGGCGCUCCAUUUAGGCACCAGAACCCCCGAAACAAACAGCCACCGCCCCGACAAACACACCUGCCACCUAGACACAUGAAUGUCCCUCCCAUGUACCUCCCCCCUCCCUGUCCAUACCCUCCCCCUCCUCUCCCUCCUCCUCAUUUCCCCCCGCCCAACUUCCCUCUCUACCCUCCUCCUCCUCCGUCUUUCUUCAACCCGUCUUUCUCCUCUCCUCUCUGGCCACCCAACACCGUCCCCUUCUCUGACCUCCUCCCACCUCCCCCCCCACCUCCCCCACCUCAGUGA